AUGGACAUGGUGUGUCGAUCAUCUAAAGCUUUCUGCUCUGAUGAGAAACAGCUGAAUAACAUCUACUUUACACCACAAUGUCUAUGUCAGGCGGGAUAUUUACCGGUGUAUCAGAAUUAUUUAGAUUAUUAUGAAUGUAUUCCAAUCUGUAAACAAUGUUACCCGAUGGAAAGAUUUUCCCCUCGAAUGAAUUGUACAUGUCCUGAAAUUAUCUGGUCAGACGACUAUCAUCGAAUCUAUAAAACUAAUGAUUCAAAUGAAGACAAUUUACUCAACAUAUCUUACACUCAACAAAACUUGACAGUAUGCUUCAAUCCAUUAUUCAGGCACAGAAUGAGGCUUGAUUUCUUCCAUAACGACACAAUGAAUAUGGUGAUUUUUCUGUCAAAUCAUUUCAAAUCGUCAUAUCCACACGACGGUUGUGUAUUGCAUAAAUUUGAACAAGGCGUUUGGUGUAAAACAUUUAAUUUGUUGUCAUUUGACUUUUUAUCACCUUGUGCCUUCAUUCAGUAUAACAAAACUUCAAGACAAUUUAUUUUCAAAAGUUUUAUCAACAUGUUUGUUCGCCAACCAUUCGAUUUAUCGACCAAAAAAGUACAGUAUUCCAUCUCAUUCACGUCGAAAUUGAAUGAAGAAAAUGUUUUGAACAAUUUUACUGAAAUUAAGCUUAUUAAUCAUCAAAAUCCAGGGCAUAUUUUUCAAGAUCUUGAUGAAAAUUUGAAAUUCAGAAUAGAAGAUUCAGUGUAUAAAGGAAAACCUGUGAAUUUAUAUGUGAAUUAUUAUCAUCAAAAUACAUCGUACAAAUAUUUGAGUGUUGAUCAGUGUUCACUUAGCACUUUAUCUUCGGAUAUCAAGUCACAAAAAAUAAUGAUUUUUGUUCAAAGAAAUUACUUGGUUCAUUCAUCUGACAAUGUGACAGGCAUAAAAUUUACCUCAGAUCAACUGUUAACUUACGGAAGUUUCAAAUUCUCACUGAGUGAAUAUCUUCAAAAUAAAGGUGACAGAAGUAUGCUGAGAAAUACUUCCUCUCUCAGUGGGUUGAAAUCCCCCUCCCCCGAAGAAAUCCAAGAUUAUUUAUAUUCAAUGAAGAAUUACACAACUAUAUCAGGAUUACAAAUUAAUUGUAUAUUUCGUGUUUGUCAACGCUAUGAAUGGUGUACAUGGUCACCAAUGAUUAACGACUUCACUAAACUGACACCUCAUAGUACGUAUCAUUUACACAAAUCAGAGGAUAAUAUCUACCCAGAAAUAUAUAUCUUGACUAAAACUGUUCAUCUGAAGAUUUUCUGGAACAGUUCACUUCCUUCUUCAACAUUUGCUCAAACUAAAAGUACGAAUCUUAAAUGCAAAUCGGAGACAGUAUGCACAAGAUUUUCAAUAACCCUCGGAGUUCUUAUUAUCUGCCUGAUAAGUGGAAUUAUUUGCAGUUCUUUAUGGUAUUAUCACAACAUUCUCAGGUGUCACAGUCGUUACGUACUACUGUGUUGCCCUGACAAUGAAAACACCAAAUCUACUAGAGAAGAAGUUGGUCAAGAAAAUCUGCAAAAUACAAAUAAAAAAAUUACUGUCUAUCAUUUCUGUGAUAACCCUAUAACUAGUAAUGAAACAAAACAUAAUACUUAUUGUGCAACAAGUAGCAGUAAUAGAAUUGUUGAAAAUAUUCAAAAUACCAAUAAUAGAUGUGGAAAACAAUCUUGUCUCACAGACCAUCGCCCCAAAUCAGAGUACUUACAACUUCGAGAUACUAUCAAAAGUCAUAGUGGAACAAUCGAUAAUUACAAGAAUCAGAUUUUUUUUCCCCAUCAUCUUCAACAUCCAACUAAGACAGUUGAAGAGAAAGAUUAUGAAAUCGACAUGGAUUGGAAUAAAAUUGGUUCAGUUACUCAACAGAAAGACAUAACUGUCUGCGACAGUGAAUCAACCCAUUAUUAUUCGAAUCCGUUUGUCGAGAUUCAAGGUAAAAAUUCCCAGAUAAAAACUAGCAGUCACAACGAGUUGAACACAAAGGAAUUAUUGCCAUUGAACUGUGAAAGUAGAAUGUUCUAUCCUUGUUGUCUACACACUCCAUGGCUUUGUCCACAUUCAAAUCAGUGGAAUAUCACUGGAGGAUGCAAAGAAAUCAUUAAGCCUAUCUGUAGGACUGAAUAUAUGCAGUAUAAUAAUGAUUUUUACAAUUCAAAAACAGUUGUUACCGCUAAGAAUGAAUUAAUUUUCAGGAAUGGUAGUAAUAAAGAACAUGAGGAUGAAGAAGAUGGUGAAGAAGAAAUGAAUGUUUAA